AUGCUGCUGAUUAUCAUGAAUUCAGAUCAAGUUUACAAACAUUCGAUUAAAAAAAGCGAUACUUUAUCGAACCAUUUGACCGAAUUAGUUGAAAUGUUGCAACAAAGGAAACCUUUUCUAGAAAAAGCUACAACCUUAUGGUCUCUUUUAUUCUCUGCACAUGAAGAUUUAACAAUACCAAAACUUUUAAUCUUAGAUAUCAUUAUUGAUGGAGAUGCGUUUAUUGAAGAACUGCAGAUUGAUAAACUGAUUGUAGAUUUUUUUAAUGAUGUUGAUAUUUAUUCGAAUGAUAUUAUAGAUUCAAGUAAAAUGCAAAAAUUUUCAAUUUCAUUGCAGAAAAAAGAUGUGAUUAUAAAUGAUCUUAAAGUAGAAUCUAUUUGUGGUAUUCCAUUCCGAUAUUGGUCUCUAGCUAGUGAUAAUCUUACAAUACAAAUGUUGAAUGAAAAGUCAUGGAACAAAUAUAUGAAUACAAUAACCAAUCAAACUUUUGAUAAUUUUAUAGCAAAAAAAUUUAGAGUAGAAAAUUUGUUCGCGGAUUCGAUAAAUAAUAUUCCAGUUUCAAAAGCAGCGCGAAUAUCUACUGAAAACAUAAUCAAAGGAGAUGCAAAAAUUGCGAGAUUACAUGUAACAAAGAAAUUUAUAGUUGAUUCAAAAUUCAAAAUAUCAGAUAUUCCAUAUCAAAUAUAUUCUAAUGUUUCCAUUCAAGAUUUAGUAAUACAUGGUGAUUUAAAUGUUAAAAAUUUAAAUAUUAUUUAUUUAAACGAUAUUGCCAAAGAAAAUAUCGUAUUCAAUAUUAUUAAUAAAAUUGAGUUCCAAAAAUUAACCGUAGAGAAUAUCACAUUGAAAUCCCUACAUGAUCUUGAUGUGAAUAACUUUUUUAAUGAUUUUCUCUCGAAAUCAACAGAACAAAAUAUACCUAUAAAAUUCAUUUUUUAUAAAGUUACUGUUAAUAAUAUCAAAACUAAGAUUAUUAAUUAUCAAGAUAUCUCUAAUUUGAUAUGGAUUGAUAAACCUUUAUUGAUAGAGAAUGUCAAAUUCGAUAAUUUAAUUGUAGAAGGAGAUAUUGUAACAAAAAAUUUAAACAAUUUUGUUUUUGAUGAGUUAUAUUCAAGUUUGAUCAAUGUGUCAAUAUCAAAAAUCACUAAUUUAAAAAUAGAUGGAAAUAUUUCUUGGGAUAUUUUCUCAAUAAACUCCACUUCUUUGACAUUUUUAUUCAAAAAUGCAGUAACCAAAACAACGAAUCAAACUAUUCAAAAUAAUAUAAUUUUUCAAAAAAAUAUAUCAGCAUCAAUAGUUAAAGCACAAUCUAAAGAAAUCGAUAAAAUAUAUAAUAUUAUUGUAGAUGCUGUGAUAGAUGAUGAGAAAAAUAUUGAAGUAAUUGGUCAAAAAAUUUUUAAAGAAAAUUUAAAUAUUGAUACUAUAUCAGUAAUCAAUAAUAUUGAUAUUCCUAUGAUUAACAAUGUUAAUAUUCUCGAAUUUAAUAAUUCCGUAGUAAGAAAAGAUCGAGAAGCAAUAAUAACUGGAAUUAUAACUUUUCUCGAUGAUGUCGCGAUUGAUCAAAUUCUUGUCAAUGAUAAUGUUCAUAACAUCCUCUUAAAAGAUGUGGUUCUGGCAACUGAUGUAUUACCAACUCAUAUAUUUUUCAAAAAUCUUGUUAUAUUAAAAGAUGUACGUUUGAAAAAUUUUGAUAAAGUAGAUUUUGAUGAAUUCUUAAAGAAUCGUGUAACCAUUGACAAAGAAAAUGAAAUAUUUUUUGAUGUACAUUUUAAUGAUAUUAUAGAAAUAACAGAGAAUGCAAAUGCAUCAACACUCAAUAAUAUUUAUAUUUCCGAUUUGGCUCUAAAUGAAAGUAAAGAAACGCAAAUAAUAUCUGAUUCAAAGAUUUUUGAAGAAAAUUUUAUAGUAAAUGGCAAUAUUUAUACAUCAUUUAUUAAUGGGAUGAACAUAUCAUUAGAAUAUUAUAGCGGUGUGCAAAAUGAUGAAGAUGUUAAAAUCAUCGGAGAUUUGAUUUUUGAGUCAAAAAUUAAAGUUCCAGAAAAUGUAUCCGUUUUCAACUUAAUAAAUGAAAUAAAUUUAUAUACUAUUCUCUAUAAUCUACAAGAACAGAUACAUCAAAUCUAUCGCGUGUUCGUACUAAAUGAAAUUAAAAUGAAGAAGAGCAUUGUUCAAUCUUCCUUAAUUUCUAAAACUCUUACAAACAUUUUUUCAUAUUUAGAAAUAGAACAAAAGUUAAGAAUUCAAGCAUCUAAUAUUAAGAAGAUUGAUGUUGCUUAUUAUGAACAGAUUACAAAAUUGAAUAUGUUUGGAGAAGAAACAGGACAUUUUUGCGGACUUCCAAAUAAUUGUUCUUGUCCAAUUGAAUAUAUGGUUGAACUUACUAAAAAAAGUUGUCAAAUUCGAAAAAUAAAUAAUAAUAAAAUAAUAAGAAAUUAUCAAUAUUUGCAUAAUACAUAUGGUAUAAACAUAGAAUCAAAUGCAAUAUCAUAUAGUCGUGAAUGUACAUUGAAUAAUACUGAAAACGAAUUCAUUACGAUUUUAUGGAUUAAACCUAACAUAAUUGAUACUGAAGAUAUAUUAAAUACUAAUGUAAAGGAAACGACUUUAAAAAUUCGAGGUUUCAUAAAAGAUGCAAAAUUUUUCACACAUGAUAAUGCUACUUUCCUUGCACUAGCAGUAUAUUAUGAUACGAUACAUGCAACACAUCAGACAAAUUCUUUAAUUUACAAGAUUGAUUUCAAGAACAAUACAUUAUUCUUAUAUCAAAACAUAUCCACUGAUGGAGCUUGGACUGUUGAAAUUUUUAAAAGAAAUUAUCACGAUGUAUAUCUUCUAUUUGGUUGUUUUGGAAACUCCGAAAAAUCAUAUUUAUAUAAAUUAGAUGUUUCUACUUCCAAAUUUAUAAUAAUCAGAACUUUCGAAGGUAAAACACGCAAUGUAAAAAGUUUAAUUCAAGAACAAGAUGGUUUUGUUUUAUUAGAUGAUUUCGAGACAAAUGCAAUAAAUAUUUUUUAUUACAAUUCAGAAUUCGAUAAUUUUUACAAUUAUCAAACUCUUUUGUAUAAUUCACAAAUUUAUGGAAUAGAAUGUUUUCACAUGAAUGAAUUUGGCCAAACCAAUUCUUUUAUCAUUGUCAUAACAGAAAAUGAUCAAUUUUAUAUUUAUGAAUAUAUGCAUGCACAAAAAUUCCAAUUGAAGAUACAUCAGCGCAUAGAUGAUUUACAAAUGAUGGUACCUUUCUAUCAUUUAGAAAAUUAUUAUAUCUUUAUGGGUACAAGUACAAAUAGUACUAUACUACGAAUCAUAAAACAAGGGCUCUAAAAAAAUUUUAUAAGAAUCUUAUUAUACAAGUUUAUUUAUUACAUUA